UAACCCAGAUGAAACCCCAGCUUCCCCCUCAGUCCCCAAGACCCCUGUCUACCUUUGUGACCUCAUCUCUACUCUUCACUCCUCCCUCUCCAAGCUUUAGCCAUAUGGGCCUUGUUUUCAUGUCCUCACACUGCUAAGUCCCUUCCACCGCAGGCCCUUUGCACCUGCUGCUUCUUCUGCCUGGAAUGUUCUUCCUGUGAACAUCACCUUCUCGGAGGAUCCCCUCCUGACUUCAGGAGGCCCUUUGUGUCUCCUCUCUUGACACACCUUUUCUUUUCAUCUCCCUUUGAUUGGAUCGCUUAUGGGCUGUCUGCCCCAGGGAUGGCACACACAUGUUCAGCAGAUUUUUUGAAAGGACUGCCUGUCUACAACAAAAGCAAUUUUAGUCGAUUUCAUGCUGACUCUGUGUGCAAAGCUUCGAACCGGCGUCCUUCAGUCUACCUGCCCACCCGGGAGUACCCAUCUGAACAGAUCAUCGUGACAGAAAAGACAAACAUCCUUUUGCGCUACCUACAUCAGCAAUGGGACAAAAAGAAUGCCGCAAAGAAGAGAGACCAGGAGCAAGUGGACCUUGAGGGUGAGAGCUCUGCACCCCCCCGCAAGGUCGCACGGACCGAUAGCCCGGACAUGCAUGAGGACACUUAAGACUCUCACUCCCCCACAGGCGCCUCCUGUCUUGUCUGCUCCUCGCCCGCCCGCCUUGUGUAAGCGCCCCCUGCCCUGCCCCUACCGGCCCACCACACCUGACCAUACCACUUCCAACCUCAUAGGAGCCGAUGUAUUUAUUUUCCUUGAGUUUUUAUUUAUGCUGUAAAAUGUACCAAGCGAUGGUUAAAGGGGACGUCAGACCCAGUAGUGUGAUGUUGGUAGAUGCUUUUUAAAAAACAUUGUUAUUCACAAACCCCACUACCCAGAACCCCCUUUUACUCCCCCACCCCCCUCCAAUUCUCCUCCGGAAAAACCAGAGCUUGUCUGCAAGGGUCUAGAGCCAGGGCCCUGCUGUGGCCCAGCAGCAUGGGUGGGAGCCUUUCUCCCUGCUCCUGCUCUCCAGUCCGGGCCUUAAAGACUUGGCUGGGACCUAUUCUGUGCCCAGGCUUUGCUCUGAAUGUGUGCCAGGGGGAGAAGUCGGCAUUUCCGGAUCUUUCUCUUAAGUCAUUUUAUCAUGGACUAGUGCGUGCUCCGUGUCCACCCCAAUAAAAGGAUCUUUCCUACUCGACCUCGCGUCUUUGCUCCGUGUGCCUCAGCCCCAGAGGACGGAGCCACUGAGAGUCGACUCGUCAUCACCAAGAGGAGCCAAGAGGGGCCCCCACGUGCCAGGGCCCUGGGACCCACUGGAUUCUCUCAUGGGCCUGCCAUGGCCACCUCGCUCAGAGCCAAGACCUGUCUGGACCCACCCCCAUGCCUCACCUGACAAGGUGUCCCAAAGGACCAGGACACCCCUGAGAGAUGGUCCAUGUCGCCAAGGACAUAACUGUGGUCAACCCACGCCCUGGAUGCCUUGGGUCAGGGUGGCAUGCCCACCAGCCACUGUGGAGACAGCCCAGGUGGCCUGGCCUCAAGUGCGCCUGAUUCAGAGAUGAGGUGCACGGAGCUGCAAGGAACACCCAGCCCAGGGGCUGUGUCGGUCAGCGGAGUUCCACAGCCACUCGUGGGCUGUCAGCUAGGCUGAGUUGGGCCUGAGCUUGGAGACCUAGGGGGCGUUCAGGCUCUAGGCAGAAGGUUUGAGGCUUCGAACACUGGGCCUGGGGCUAGGGGGAGCUCUGUUUCUCCCUCUGCACCAGUCUCAAGUGGGGGCCAUGUCUGGGAACUGAGUGCUGUGGCUUUUUGGGGAGAUGAAUGGUUGGGCUAUGGAGCUGGAAGGAAUACCAGGCCUUAGGGGGAACCCACCCCAGAUUAUCACUGUGGAGGGCCCUGACUGAGCCAGACUGCUCCGGAAUGGGCCACCCAUUGCCUCCCAGGUGGAAGGUUCUAGGGUUCACCACCUAGGUGUGCCCUGGGGCCAAGGAGCUUUUCCUCCUAGCUCUGGGUGGCUUUUAUACCUGUGUUGAGUCCUUUCAGUCACAGAUGCAAGCUGACCUGGGUGGUGCUCUGGUGGGCUGAGUCCCCAGAGGUGCUCAGAUGCCUUGGAAUCUCCAGCCCCAGGGCUUGGUCUGAUGCUAGGCAGGCAUGUGGUGUUGCUAAUUAUUAGCUUCAAAGGCCACAGGACAGUGGGAACAGGUGUCAAUGCUGCCCUUGCCUCUUGCCCUGGUUCCCCGAGAGACUGGGUUCGUCUCCUGUCAGCAUAAUCCGUGGCUCAGGCAGGGGUCCCAGAGCCAGGGACCACUGAGGUCUCCUGAGUGUGGGCUCCUCAGCCAGCCUUUGCCCACUUUUCCUGCCUUUGGGACCGCCCCUUAUUCCUCUGCUCCUUCAGACACCAAACUCUGCCUUCCCACACCUCUGUGCCUUUGCACAGGCUGCUCUCCUGCUUCUGGUGAACCCUGGUUUCUCUUUCAUAACCCUCCAAAGUGCCCCUUCCUCACACUGGCUCCCCCAGGACCCCCCAGCCACUCGGCAGGGCCCACUAGACUCGGAGCCUUUGGCUGUGGACACGCUUGAGGGUGGGAGGGGCUGCACACCCCCCCUGACCACACGAGGUAGAAGUAGAGUCCCAGCAACUGGGUCUGACAGCAACCCCUGCGGUAGGGUGUCGCGGCCGCUCCCCAAUGCCAUCCCUGCAAGUGCCAUCCCCUCAACAUCCAGACGCGGGUGCCAGGUGCCUUCUGAUUUUCAUAUACCCCAAGUUCUUUCCACCGCAUGUGGCUCCUCAUGGCAGCCGGGGAAGCAGUUAUGCCAGAAAAUGGGGCCAACAGGACUGUAUCACCCCUGUCCCCCUACAGGGCCAAGGCCAACUCAGGACCCAGGCCUAGCACCCAAACUGCUGAGUCUGUUCAACACUGAGAUUUCUUCCUUUGUCUGGGAGGCUGAAGCCAGGGCCCGAGGCUCUGCAGCUCCUCCCAGGGCCCCCAAAUCUGGGCCGACUUGGAGUUGGUGCAGUCUGGAGUUUUCCAUCUGUGGCCUCAAGACCCAGUUCUUAGGAGGAGGCCCCCAAGGGUCAUGGGAUGGGAGGGGCACCCACCCUAGGCCUGCUAGGUCCCUGGAAAGCCAGCACCAACUACAGGUCACUGGGCCCCCUGAUCCCCCUUCCACUGCUCUGUCCUCGGGCACUGUUGAAAUAUACUUUUUAUUGCAUUUCUGCCGUUUUACAAAAAUAUGACAAAAUAAAUUAAAAACAAAUAAAUAAUC